AUGGUCUUGCUGCCUGUCCAGCUUGGAUAUGCAUCGGCAACAGCGAGAUGGCCAGCAAACACGGCCAGAGACCGGCCCGUUUUUGCCGUCUUUGCCUCUCGUCACCCGAAUCAAGUCAAGCAUAUUGCGGCACCCUUGGCGCCAUUGGUGAAGCCGGGUAACGAUGGGGAGGGAGGCGAUAAUAAGCGUAAAAACCCGCAGCGAUGCCACGGCCUCCCCGAAACCUCUGGAGGAGCAGAACCGAAAAGCGAAAUUCGGAGAAAUCAUGCCCAAGCGUGCACACACGAUGGCAAUGCGACGCACAAGGCUGCUUGCAGCCAGGAAGACGGCGAGCGCCUGUCAGACUGGGAGAGACUAUCAGAUAGCCGGCAAGCGCCGACAUACAGCCGACAUACAGGCCUCUGGAAGCGUCUGGUCUCCCCCCCCCCUCUCUCCCAUGAGAACGCUACGGCGGUGAAGCUCGUGCGGACGCCUUCACUGACCGCAUCUCGUCAAUAUUCUGACAAGGCGAGCUCUGUCGUGUCUCUGUGCUCUACGAGGUACAGCGCAGCAGACUGGGAGAAAGGCCGGCUGCAUGAGUUGGCAGGCCGUCCCAGAGGCCCGACUCGUCAGCCGCGCAUGUACAAGAGGACAAGUCGAGAUACAAGCGUGUCCACAACCACGGGAGGAGGGAGACAAUACCGCCGACCCUCCGGUCUUCCGACCUUCCGACCUUCCGACACCGCCUUCAUCUUGCUCUUCGGCGACGAGCUGACAAUUUACUUGUCGUCAGGGGCGGAACACCCUGUCAAGCGCAAGAUGAAGGGACAGGCCGCUCUCGGCUGGGCAGGAAUCGGAGUGGCAUACUCCGUACAUAUGAGCAGCGACCAUUAUAAUGCUUUGGGCUUGGAUGCAUGGCUCCACCCAAGCCAGAAUCCGUUCCUGUCCCCGCUGUCUACGUCACCGGACCAGACCAGACGAGCCUCAUUGAGCUGGCUGAGGGCUGAUGCUACCGGCUUAUGA